CUUAGCGUGGCCCAGGCUCUCCCGAUUCACGGGGGGCCCCGCCAGGUUCAGGCUCCAGCCCUGAGUAGUGAAGGGGAAACGGGGAACGGAAGGAGGGAGGGCACCUCACGGGAGCAGGACUGCAGGACCGCGGGUCAGGGGGCGCAGGGACGCCAAGGAAAAGACAAGCACCGAGCGCCGGGAAGGGUGUAGGCGGCAGUGGCAGCGGAUCCGCGGCCGCCGCUUCCGGCGCCUCCCGAACCAGCUCUCCCGCGCCGACUCUGCCACAUCCUCCGGUGACGUCAGCCGGGGCCGCCAUAUUGGAAAGGCGCCGCCGCCGUCUCCGCUUCGGAGCUCGGGGUGUUUCGGGGGCUGCGGCCACAGGCAGGAAGGCGCUCCUCUCCUGCCCCGCCGACGCCCGGCCAGCCCGCUUCGCCCUGACCUGUUUCCUCAUGACUGCCCCCGGCCCCGCUGCCGACGGACGUCGCCCCGGCGUCCGGAUUUAACACGGAAACCCGGGUCGGAGGCCGCGCGGGGAGGAGGAGAGCGACCUGGUCGGUCCCGCGACCCUCUCGGCCCGGCUCGGCGCCUCGGCUGGAGCCAUGACCUCGCUGACCCAGCGCAGCUCCGGCCUGGUGCAGCGGCGCACCGAGGCCUCCCGCAACGCCGCCGACAAGGAGCGAGCGGCGGGCGGCGGCGCCGGCAGCGGCGAGGACGACGCGCAGAGCCGCCGCGACGAGCAGGACGACGACGACAAGGGCGACUCCAAGGAAACGCGGCUGACCCUGAUGGAGGAGGUGCUCCUCCUGGGCCUCAAGGACCGCGAGGGUUACACAUCAUUUUGGAAUGACUGUAUAUCAUCUGGAUUACGUGGCUGUAUGUUAAUUGAAUUAGCAUUGAGAGGAAGGUUACAACUAGAGGCUUGUGGAAUGAGACGUAAAAGUCUAUUAACAAGAAAGGUAAUCUGUAAGUCGGAUGCUCCAACAGGGGAUGUUCUUCUUGAUGAAGCUCUGAAGCAUGUUAAGGAAACUCAGCCUCCAGAAACGGUCCAGAACUGGAUUGAAUUACUUAGUGGUGAGACAUGGAAUCCAUUAAAAUUGCAUUAUCAGUUAAGAAAUGUACGGGAACGAUUAGCUAAAAACCUGGUGGAAAAGGGUGUAUUGACAACAGAGAAACAGAACUUCCUACUUUUUGACAUGACAACACAUCCCCUCACCAACAACAACAUUAAGCAGCGCCUCAUCAAGAAAGUACAGGAAGCCGUUCUUGACAAAUGGGUGAAUGACCCUCACCGCAUGGACAGGCGCUUGCUGGCCCUCAUUUACCUGGCUCAUGCCUCGGACGUCCUGGAGAAUGCUUUUGCUCCUCUUCUGGACGAGCAGUAUGAUUUGGCUACCAAGAGAGUGCGGCAGCUUCUCGACUUAGACCCUGAAGUGGAAUGUCUGAAGGCCAACACCAAUGAGGUUCUGUGGGCGGUGGUGGCGGCGUUCACCAAGUAACUCUGCUCGGGGUGAACCAUUCUCCUUUCUCUCAAGUAAACCAGUAGUUUUUCUUCUGUUGACUUCUGGUUUUCUGUAAUUUGUACUUUCCCACACUAUAAUUGGCUUCUGUUUUACAAAAUGGUGGGUGGCUUUUUCUUUUUUGUAUGUAUACAGGAUUCUGCUGGUACGAGAGGCCUUCCUCUUUCUGUUUUUAAAAAAAGUUUUACUGCCAUAUUGGCAUUCCAUUCCCUGUUGCCAUCCUCACUGUUACCUGUUUUGGGUUUCUGGUCUACUUUGACUUUCAAAGUACCUCCAGCCUCCUCAUACGCACAGCUUUUGGAUGACCUCAGCUUGAGUUUCUCCAUAUGUGCAUGUACAUCUAGCAUUCUGCCUACAGUUCAGACAGAAGUCACAAAAAGGCCUUCAACUCACCAAAGGUAAAUAUCUGUAUCUAUUAGGACAUUUUAUACAUAGACUUCAGUUGAGAUGUAUACUUAGCAAAAUUAUUUUUAAAUUGAAACAACACAGUAAAUACUUAAUAUAAAAUGCCCCUUGGAUUUUGCUUCCCAUGUAAAUCUAUUGUAUUAUUACACUUGUUAUAAUUUUAACUAUAAAGGUCCAGUUGUUUCACAGAGCCAGUUUGGGAUGGGCUGCAUUCCAUUUAUGCUGUAUAUAGUUUGAAUUAUAUAUAAAUUACCCCUUCUUCUGGCCACCCCUGCUCCCAUCUUAGUAUUUUGCAAGAUUUAAUCGGUUGUACUUGCUUCAAUCAUGGUUAUUUGAUGGCAAAAUCGACCUCUCAUCGCUGAAGGAGAGAGAAAAGAUGUGUGUCUGAUUGGUCCUGGGAUUUUUUGAGCUGUGCCAUUUAUGGUACUCUUUGCCUAUGCAUCCCCUUUUUAGAUUUUUUUUUAAAUUUUAUCUUACUGUUUUUAUAAUUUCUGUUGGGAAGAGGCUUGUGACCAGUACCAAUCUUGAGUUUCUUUUUCUGUCCACAAGUAAAUUAAUGUCUGCUCUGAAAUGUCAUUUAUCUACUCACACAUUCUUGGGGAAAAAAAUUAAAUGUCAGUCCUAGCAGAUGUUGCAUGUAAAUUGGUAGCAAGUAAUGAUUACAACCCAGAGGAUUAAGAAUUUUGUAACAGAAAGCUCUGCUAUAUUUUAAUUUUUUAUAUACAAUUAGGAUAAUUAGCAUUGUCAGACUAUAAACCUUUGCUUUUUAAAGUUUAUUUUUACUAUUUCUUUAUCACUUUAUUGUAUCAUCACCAUUGGUUUCAUAAUGUAAAUACUAUAUAUUGAACAAAUUAAAUGUCAAAAUUUUUUAUUACCAUAGUCCAUGUUAAUAGUGGGGCUUUCAGGUGUUUAGAGAUUUUUGUUGUUGUUGUUAACAUUCAUUGCAAAAGUACUAGAUGGUGUAUAACUCUAGAGUUGAAUUUUAAGGGAUUCCCUAAUAUGUAUACUACCUUUUUAUCUGAAGUAAUAAAUAAACAAUGAUCUUGAAAGUGCCUGAA